AGUCUGGUCCGUAGCCACGAUGGAUGCAACACCAUGCCUCUUGCUCGUCCUCCUGCUCGGGACAGGGAUUGAAGUAAACAGCGUCCUCCGGUGUUACUGUGACCGCUGCAGCGCAAAUUCCAGCUGCACGACAGAUGGCGUCUGCUUCGCCGCCAUGCGCCAGUCCGGCAGCCGAUUUACCACUGAGCAGCGCCAGUGUGUACAAGAAAAUGAACUGUUCCCGCGAGACCGGCCCUUCAUCUGUGCCCCGUCCGUUAAACAUGACACGGGUAUUUACCCAAUAUGCUGUACCACGGACUACUGCAACAAAGACCCUAACUUUAAAUUGUUCCCUGUCCCUACAGAAUCGCCUCCUCCCCUGGGCCCUGUGGCCCUUGCAGCGGUGAUCGCAGGCCCAGUGUGUGUUCUCUGCCUGCUGCUUGUUGUGGCAUUUUAUGUUUGCCACAGCCACAGGGGACUGGGAGCCGGGGGCGCGGCCCACCAUCACCACCACCACCGUGUCCCUAAUGAAGAAGAUCCCUCCAUGGAUCAUCCCUUCAUCACUGUUGGAACGACACUGAAGGACCUCAUCUACGACAUGACCACCUCUGGAUCUGGAUCAGGUCUGCCACUGCUGGUCCAGAGGACCAUCGCCAGAACCAUUAUCCUGCAGGAGAGCAUUGGUAAAGGGCGUUUUGGAGAGGUGUGGAGGGGCAAGUGGCGUGGCGAGGAGGUGGCCGUGAAGAUUUUCUCCUCCCGGGAGGAGCGCUCCUGGUUCCGUGAGGCUGAGAUCUACCAGACCGUGAUGCUAAGACAUGAGAACAUUCUGGGCUUCAUUGCUGCUGACAACAAAGAUAACGGGACUUGGACUCAGCUGUGGCUGGUGUCGGACUACCAUGAACACGGCUCCCUGUUUGACUACCUGAACCGCUACACCGUCACUGUGGAGGGCAUGAUCAAACUCUCUCUGUCCACAGCCAGCGGCCUCGCUCAUCUCCACAUGGAGAUCGUGGGAACACAAGGUAAACCAGCGAUAGCCCACAGAGACCUGAAGUCAAAGAACAUUCUAGUGAAGAAGAAUGGUACCUGCUGCAUCGCUGACCUGGGUCUCGCUGUCCGCCAUGACUCAGCCACUGACACCAUUGACAUUGCUCCAAACCACAGAGUGGGAACCAAAAGGUAUAUGGCUCCAGAGGUCCUGGACGACUCAAUAAACAUGAAACACUUUGAGUCUUUCAAGCGGGCCGACAUCUACGCCAUGGGACUGGUCUUCUGGGAGAUCGCCAGCCGCUGCUCCAUGGGAGGCAUCCAUGAGGACUACCAACUGCCCUACUACGACCUGGUUCAGUCAGAUCCAUCAGUGGAGGAGAUGAGGAAGGUGGUUUGUGAGCAGAAGCUUCGGCCCAACAUUCCUAACCGCUGGCAGAGCUGUGAGGCCCUGCGGGUGAUGGCAAAGAUAAUGAGGGAGUGUUGGUAUGCCAACGGUGCAGCCCGACUCACCGCGCUCCGGAUCAAGAAAACCCUGUCCCAGCUCAGCCAACAGGAGGGGAUCAAGAUGUAGACGCAGCCACCAAACAUACAUAUACAUACACGUCACUGACUGGCAUUCAUAUCUUUAGCGCAACAGCAUUAUUAUCUUUAAUAUUAUUCAUCGAUUCUUCCUCUACUUUUGUUUGAAGGGAAGUGAAGAAUAUUUUCCAGCUUGUGCUUUUAUUUUUCGAAAACCCAUUUCAUUCAUUGAUAACCCGAUAGAUCCUGCAUCUGAAACUCAGGAACCAUUUGUGUGUGUCUGUGCUGCACUGGGCUGACAUGCACACACGAAUGGAUGGAUGGAUGGAUGAUGGACAGAUCAGAGGGUUGUUUCUGAAGCGGAUAAAGGAGUCAAAGGAACCCUCAACUCAUUCUCCUCCAUGUUAAUUCACUACAUUCAUCACAAGAAGUCUUUCAAAGACCCCAUAAAGGCAACUGGUGUCCCGCUCAACUCCAGCCUCCACCGCUCAUACACCCCCAGCCAAUUAGAGCUCACACCUCCUCAGCUAAGCUCAAGCCCAGACAGGGAGCUGGAUAUCAGCCGGAGAGGCCUCUUAGCUGCCGGGGCUCCACUUUCAUCUCCUCAUAUCUCCAUUUCUGUCUCCCAAUUUGUACUUUUGCAUUAAACUCUUUACUUCGACAUUAAGCUACUCUUCAGUGGGGCUGCAGGUAACUCAUUUACAUCUUUGGAUAAUGAUGAAAUAUUCAAAUAUCCUGAGUGUAGUGAUUUAACAAAAGAAAAUCAGUGAAUAUCUAUUUAAUCAACACAUUUCAAUUCAAACAAAUUCUAAAAAUUUUUUUUAAAUGUAAGCAACCGAAAACCAUAUUCAGUAGUUAAGCCAGCGCUAAAUAAUUAUUGUUUAAAUUAUAAUACCCCUGAAUUAAAGUGGUGAACAUUUUAACAAUGGGAAACAACAAUCUUAAUAGACAGUUUAAUUAAUUUUAAUUUGACAGAUCGUCGAAUGUAAAUCUCAGUUUUAACUUCUGAACUUUAAAAAACAGCAGGGAUGGCAUCAACUGGGACUCUGUCUAAUCAGGUGUAGUUAUGACCAAUAUCAGAUCUACGUCAAUAGUGACUACAGCUUAAUCUUUUUAUAAUAGUGUCUUGACAUUUAAGCUAAAGACUCUACUUUGGAGAAACAUUUCCCAAUUUAAUGAGUUAUACUACUCAUUUUUAUGCUAUUAAAAUAAACAGAGGUUGAUCAGGAUUCCUCUCGCUGCAAACAGUGCCUCGGCCAUGAUCAAUGUAGAUCAUCAAGAUUCGGCAGUUUGUCAUGUGAAGUUGUUUGCAGCCCUACUCUUGAGUCAUGUUACAGUAGCACUGGGGACUGAAGCAAGGAAUCAUGGUACUGUGUGUGCGCUGCUCUGUGGGGUCCACACAAACACGCGUCGCCUUCUUCUAGUUGAGUUGUAAAAGCAGAAUCUCUCAUCUCUGCAAGAAUUUUCACCUGUUUUUACUUCUGUUAUUGUGUUUCCCCGUCUCCCAUCAUGUUGUCAGGGAUUCGGAUAGGUCAGUUUAAUUUAUUGUAUUUCUUUUUUAUUUUCUUUUUGGUGGCAGGGGAUCUUUUGCAAAACUUAACAGGACAUGAUGACCUCAUUCAUUUUUGGCGAACAUGCUGCAACAUAUGCAAUUUACAGUAGAUAAAUCAGUCUAUUUUCUAUACUCUGCUAAACCACACACACCAACAACAAUAAUCAGCUGCCACCAUGCCUGCCAAGCCAGCUGUUACCGGAAACUGCAGUGCUUUAAAAACCCAACUCCUCUCAUGUCGGCUGCCGUGGAGUCGGUGUGCUGGAGUGUAUGCAGCUCUUUGCGAGUGUGUGUCAGAGAAGACCUGCCGAGCACUGCAAGCUCGUACUAUGCACACCGAAGAAUAGGGAUGGAACAGCAAGAAGGGAAACGCUGCACGCUCCCACGGCCCAGCCGACACCCUGGUGCCAUUUCGUCAAACCCACAUCUCCCCCACCCUCUGACACCUGAACACCUCAGCAACAACUCAUUUUACAGCUUCUCUUCUCAGCGGACUGAGUCUGGAAACUAAGCUCCAGCACCUCAAACUGUAUUAAGUUGGGAAAACUUCGCCACAAAAAGCUCACGGCGAUUUUCAAAAAGAGACACAAAGACUUGUAAGCAUUACUGUUGUCGCCCUAUAAAUGUAAACUCUUGGAUUUCAGAUUUGUUUUCACGUGUGUGCGCCGCUGACCGCGCAGUAGCACGAAUCAACCUUUUAAGUGGUUUCUUGUCUGUAGGAUAAUCCACAACAAAAAAAAUCAGUGAGGUACAUUCAUUUAAAUAUAGCAAAUGGAUAAUUACUAAGCCAUAGGUUUUCCAGGUGUAUGUUUUUUUUUUUUGUGGCAAGUUGUUUUUCUACUAGAAUGUACAUUUACGAAAAACAAAAGAUGAAAAAAAACUGGACAAUUAUGUCAUUUCAGUUUAGCAAGCCUUAAGGGACCAACGCAGAGGAUUCAGGAUCUGCUCUUAUUCUUUUCUCCUUGUUUUUGUUUUGUUUUCUCUUUUGAGAUAAAUACCAAUCAUAGGGAGCAAUGAUACAUGAUCAUUGCUCCCUAUGAUAAAGAUAGUGUCAUGAUUCUAUCUAAAGGAUAAAAAAAAUAUAAUGUAGCAUCUGAUUUCAUAGUUUAGUUUGUUUUGUCCUGUUGCCAAAAUUGCCAUACAUCUAAACCCAUUCUCUUAAUUUACAGAUUAACUUGUGUUACAUCUGAAGCAUACUUUGUUAUCAUCAUUACAGUUUAGAUACAUAAAGUAUUAAAAGGUCAAAAAUGAAUACAUCCAGUGCAUGAGACCUGCCAUUUUCAAAGAAAUCCCACAGUCCCUUGAUUGUUCAGCAAUAAGUGCACUUCUGAACCACUUGGGGGUUUACCUGUGUGGCAGUUUGGAUGUUGGUAAGUUUGUCUUGUCUUCAUUGUUUUUCUGACAGUAUGGAUACAUAACCUAUUGAUGUGCUGCUAAUAAGUUGUCCACCUCGCUUUUUCCAAGUCGAGGUGAGAGCUGCCGUUGGAUGUAAAUAUCCUCAGAUUGCCUAAAUCUGCUCAUUCUGUGCCAUGUUGCUCGGACGCACAUCCAGCACAUUUGUCAUUUGUUAGGCAGUCCUCUUAAAGAUUUGCCGAUGUGUGUCGACGCAGUGUUUGCUGUCGCGAUUUCUGGAAUAGCGGAGAGUCCACCUCUCACUGCAGCAGCUCAUUCCACUGAUGAGCUCUCUCAAAGUGCACAUCAGUUCAAUCAGCUGCUGUAUGGCGAAACGCUGCAGCCUCCAUUGACCAUGGCUGAAAACCACCGUGCCAAUCUUUCAAUGGGGUUCACAGGAGCUUUUUCUCUACACUUUGAGGCCCGAACAGUUGAAAAAAGAUCUAGAGACAGUUUUCCUAAGUCUAAGUUUGUACGAUCCCAUGCAAAAGCAAGAAAACCUUUUUUUCAGAAUCAAGUACUUUUACUUUUUAAAACCCAUAUUAGUGGCUUUUGUAGCAACUGAUCAUGUAAUAACAAACAUAAUACAAGAAUUUGUCUAAAUUUAGAAAUAGUUUUAAUAAAAAUCUCAAAUGGACAGCUCCAGUCUAAGUAGACUUAGUUUUUAAACCGGUUACUGCAACUCCAAGUCCAAUGAAAACAACUAGUAUGACUCUCAAUCCAACACAUACCUCCCCCAAGGAAAGGAAUGUGGUAGAAAUAUAACAUAAAAAAGGAAGUGUUCUGAUACCCUAAAUAAUUUGUCAUGUGCCUUUGGGCAACCAUAUGUUCACAAUAAAUUUGGCCAUCAGAAAAUAUUUAAUGUUAAAUAAUAAAUUGAAUUGAUAAUAAAGUCCCCCCGGGGCACCACCAUUCAAAGAUAUGCAAAAUGUGGCCGAUUUACUGAUCCAGUUUCAUAAAAUCUAUGAAUUUGGAACUAUAAUAGAUAAUUAACUUAAUGACCGUGGAUUCAGAGUUCUUCUCAGUUUUGAAGUUGCCAAAAUUCAGUGAGCUUUAUCUGCUAAGGAAGACUGUGUAGUAGAAGUGAAAAAGUAGUUUUUUAGUGAAGGUUUAUAUUGCUAGUCAUUUCUAAAGAAAAAACUAAAAUUGACUAAAAUAUCCAAUAGCUGUUGUAAAAAUUACGUCUUCAGUUGCUACAGGUUUUAUUCAGUAACUCCUUUGUUAUCCUUGAAAAAAUCGGUGAAAACUCAGUUUGACAAAUAGCAGUGCAGGUGCGACAUACCCACCUGUGUACCACUGCUUUGAGUCGCUGUGAAUUCCUAAAUAUCUAAAAAAGUUCAGCAGUGGCAGAAGGGACUUAGAAAUCCUUGUAAAUACCUUGUGGAGUAGACAACAGAAGAAAGCUAUCCUAAUAUUUGAAGAAAGUAAAGUGGAUAUUGCUGCUAUAUUAAAUACAAAAAGGGUGACAAACUAUGCUGAAAUAAAUGUUCAAUGUGUAAACUAGUGGGUCAACUGGGCCUUGCCAGGCGAAACCAGGGCCAAUUCUUCUUUCUAAUCCGUGCGGGUGGCAGGGGGAGGGAUUGGUGGUGGUACAGGAAACCCUACAUUUGAAAUCUCUACCUUCCCUUUAAGAAAGCCCUGGCUUGUCCUACUGGGCCUCUGUGUGAGAUUGAACCUGUACAUUAUGCGUAUUCCAUUUCAAUGUCAUUCUCUGGGACGUUAGAAACAACAAUAGCUCAACUCAACAGCACCUCUGGUAUGCCUCUACUCGGACAACCUUCAUUCUGUCUUAAAGUCACCAGCAGCCUUGUACUUUUUCUUUUUCAAAACCCAAGAUGACUUAACUGUAAAAAGAUGUUUGCAGCCAAUUGUUGUUCCUCUUGUGGUCUUUCUACAGCAGUCGUUCUCUCCUUGAUUCUAUCUUGCCUUUCUCUCUUGUCAUUCCGUGUUGUCUUACAGACAGAUGUCUCAUUGCUACAAGGGACACACUUGAUUGCAGUCACUUCUCUUGCCUCACAGCUCCACGAUGGCUGAAGCAACUCGCAUCCAUCCCUACCAAAUUUGACUCCCUUGUCCCUCUGAACUCGGGGCGUGCUUGAAACUAACCAGUUUAUAUGACUCAAUGAACUGCACAGAUUUCCAGGCAAUUUCUCCUUUAAGGCAUUCAUGGUGUUGCCCUCAGUUCUACACAAGACAAGAGACAGAGGAGUCACCUGAAACCGUCUCACCUCCAGGCUGCAUAUUCCUCAGCUUGUUAUGUUUCGAAAGUUCAGAAACCCACAGACACAGCCCAGAUUACCAUCCUGCUUUUAGUAGUAAAUCAAUAUGGCGUUAGCAUUAUGAGAUUGUUAGGAGGAAAAAACAAGGUGAAUACAUAAUUGAUGCUAAAGAACCAAAGGUAUUAUCUUUUUAAUCCCACACAAUUUUCUACUUUUUCUACAAAAUCUGGUGCCUACAUUGACCACAAUGCAACUCAACCAGGAACAGUUUGAUCAGAAAUUUGAGCGUGUCGUCCUAGAAGCAGAUAAUCUAUCAUUUAGCUUCAAGCAGGGAUGACGAGGAAGUAAGGAGGUCUGGUAAACUCAAUUAUCUUUCAGGUUGAUCGAAGAAGGGCUGCAUCCAACACAAUGUAGUUUGUAGGUUUCUGAUCACGUCAGUUUGACCAACAACAUGAAUGUCUUCCAGAAGAGUUUUUCUUAAGUGUGCUUCUUAAUUUAUAUGUGAAAGCAGAGUUUAAAUGCUGCAGGAAAUGUCUGGAAACUUGUGUAGACAUGGCUGAUCAGUUUUUUCAAGCUUGUUUCGAGCAUGCAUUGACCUUCGGGGUCCUUUUGUCAUUUGGGUUAAAACUGUAAAACAGUUCAAACGGUCCACAAUUAGGUUAUUUGGAUUUUACCGUUUUGCUUGUUUAUUUCAAUCACUGAACCGUUAGAAAAUUUACAAAGAAAACCCACUGUACCUCCUGUUUGUGAAUCUCACCCCAUCUUUCUGUAGCUCAGAUUAAGGGGGGGGGGGGGUCACUGUACACUGCUGAUAUGCAGUGUCCAUAUAAUUUCAAACCUCAGUUCCCUGAACAACACAAGCAAAGGUCAUGAGGGGGAGAAGUGCCAUGGCUGAGCAGUUUAGUGACUCAAACCCAGACAAAUAUGCAGCCUGCUCGUGCAUCACUUUGUGACUGAGAAAGGUAGAAAACAAAGAGUAUUCUUCCGCUCUGUGAACAUGGAUGGAGGGACCAUGACGAAGAGGUUAUCAUGAACUAUGCCAGCAGCUCUACCGCUUCAAACCACGCACUGAGAAAUUCCCACAGCUGUGAAUGUAUCAGACCUCUCAGAGCAAACAACCGAUCUGAGCACAACCUGCAUAGCUCAACCCAAAGGUCGUGGCAGCAACGUAGUGAGCAUUGCAAAUAUCCGCCACACGCACGGGUCUGUUUCUACGUCUCUGCCUCUCGUUAUGCAAAGUCUGGGCAAAACAUGUUUGCCCACUCAGUCCCCCUGGGUCACCAGGAUGAAUGACCUAACUAUGCUCGUAUGAUCCACACACUGUGAAGAGGUCCGUGUUAGGGUCAAAAGAUGGAACCGCUCACCUUUCGUGGUUUCCCUCUAUCGUCUCGGCGAAGGUCUGAACACCUCAGUGCAGUGCUCAAAAGCCAGGGAAAUGUUAUAGGUCGAUGUGAAGAGGGGUUUGGGUCACUAAAGGGCUCAGGCUCUGCUCAGUCACAAAGUUUGCUUCUCCAUUUCGAUGCUGCUGUGAGGCCUUUGUGGCAACAAGGUUGGCAGAAAGCUUUAUCAUGUUUUAUUUGGUGCCUAAGUUUGACAAGACUUAUUUUUUACCUUCCACUUUGAAUGACAAGACUGCAUGUGAUAGUGUCUGCAUUGAUGUCUGCAUUAUCUGCUUUAUAGAUAUCAUCCAAAAACUGAGAUCUUAAAAAAGCAUAAUUAACAUUUUGAAAAGGUCACUUAAUUGAAAAGAAAAUACCUCCUUUUAAAGACCAAUGUGUUUUACCUCACUGUAAAUAUAUAUUCUUGAUUUGUUUACUCCAAGUUUGCAAUUUAUCUUUCUCUUUUGUUUCUAUGAAAUGCUUAAAAAAGUUGAAGAAGAACAUUUGUUUCUUUUCAAUUGUACUUUUUUGUCAAAUGGCAUUGUAUUGUGUUUGUGUUGUGCCCAAGCAGUAUACUAUUCCUCUUUUACCAUGCUCUGUAUAUGACCUGUUGGUUGUGUUCUGCGUGAGCUGUACAGUCAAAGCGCUUUACAAAUGUCCAAGCCCCCUUCUGAGCUCUGGUUUAAAAAAAAAAAAUGCCUUGUUCAAUAUAUUCUUUUGUUUAACGGAAAAAAAAAAAAAAUGAAAUAGAAGAGUCAGUGGAGUCAGUUGAGGUGGUGGAGGCUGGAAGUUAGGGGAAGGACUGUAUACCCCUCGACAACGGUCACACUCCUCGCCCCACAAUCCUCUUGGAUUUCUAAACAUAUUAUAAUCUUGACUUUUUUUAUAUAGUAUGUACAGAUGAAUGAGAGAUCAGCAUAGGAACUAGAGGAUUGACACUUAUGUUAACUUCUAACAUAGCUGGAAUAGAAAAUGGUGUGAAUAAAGAAACAAAGUUUCACUACAA